AUGGCAGAUCUAAAUCAAGAAAGGCGAUGGAAAGAAGAAUUUGCCAGAAGAAUGUUACAGAUUGAAGAACACAACAAAAGACAAAACCACUACAAUGUUAUGACAAAAGAAUCUUGCAAUAAAUUAGUGAACGAAACUGAAGAAGCACAAUCAGCUGAGAAAAAGACACAGAAGCAGUACAGAAGAUUAACUCCAUUCAAGGUUAUUAAUAUUUGUGGGACCAGGACGUUAGUGACAAGAAAAGAGCCUAUGAAGUAUUAUGUAUGUGUCGAAGAAAUUUUCGAUAUAAUUGAAGCAGUUCAUGAGGCCCUUGGUCAUGGAGGUCGAGACAGAUUAAAGGUUGAAACUUCAAGAAAAUAUGCAAACAUAACAGUGGAGAUGAUAAACAUUUAUCCACCGAUGUGCGAAACCUGUCAGCGCAAAAGGAGCAUUAAAAAAAGAGGGCAUGUUUCGAAACCUAUACUUCAUUCAGAAAUGAACAGUUGUUGCCAAGUUGAUCUGAUCGACAUGCAUACUCAAGAAGAUCGUGGAUUUAAGUAUAUAGUGGUGAAUCAGGACCAUUUGACAAAAUGUGUUUUGUUACAUGCACUGCAAGACAAGAGGGCAGAGGAAGUGGCACAACAUUUAGAAAAUAUAUUUUUGACAUUUGGUGCUCGUAUUUUACACUCUGACAGCAGCAGAGAAUUUGUUAAUUCUGUCAUAAACGAGCUGGCUUUUCUGAAAAAUCGGGCAUAUCGUUCUGGUAUCAAGCAAACACCUUACAAAGCUAUGUUUGGCACAGAACCACGAGUAGGGCUUAUGACUUCGAGUUUGGCUCUGGAUGUUAUUAAGGAGAUACAAGACGAAGAUGAUCUUAAAGAGGCUUUAAAUAAAUAUAGAUGCAGUAAAUGA